GCUGCCGGCGAGCCGAGAUCGUUUGCAAGUUCGCCCAUCCCCCCUCCGCUGUUACCAUUGAGCGGGGUAAGGUGAUAGCCUGCGCCGACUCGAUGCACAACAGGUGUUUUCGUGGACGGAGUUGCCGUUACUUCCAUCCUCCGCCUCAUAUCCAUGAGUCACUUCGCAAGUCAAUUCGCAUGGAGGACGCCAAAGAUCCUGUGGGCCGGCGAUCACUUUCCCCAAGCCCUAGUACGGGCAGCGACGAUGCCAAUGUCAGCCGCGGCAAGCAUCGGCGAGAUGACCUUACAGUCGAGGUCUGUAAGGACUUCAUCCGAAGCGGCUGCCGACGAGCCGAGAUAGAUUGCAAGUUCGCCCAUCCUCCCUCUGCUGUUAGAAUUGAGCGGGGGAAUGUGAUAGCCUGCACCGACUCACUGCGCAGCAAGUGCUUCCGUGGCCGGAACUGCCCUUAUUUCCAUCCUCCGUCUCAUAUCCAGGAGUCACUUCUCAAGGCAAUUGGCAUGAAGGACACCAAAGAUCCGAUUCAAUCCUCUUCUCAGAGCCCUAGUUAUGACAGUGAUGAUGCUAAAGCCAGCCACAAUCAGCAUCAGCGGCAUGACCUAUCAGUCGAAGUCUGUAAAGAAUUUAUCCGCAGAACCUGCAGACGACCUGAAAUUGACUGCAAGUUCGCCCAUCCCCCUUCCACCGUUACCAUCGAGCAAGAUAGGGUGGUAGUUUGCAUUGACUCGUUACGUGACAAAUGCUUCCGUGGCCGGACAUGCCGUUACUUCCAUCCUCCGCCUCAGAUGCAGGCGUCACUUCGUAAAGAAAUUGGCAUGGAGGACACUAAAGAUCCGAUGGCUUUAAGAUAUCUUGGAUCAUCAGAUAAGCUUUCAAGUUAUCUUCAACCAGGAAACGAUCACGAAAUUGUACCAGUAUGUCAGGAUUUUCUGAAGAAUGCUUGUAACCGCCGUUCUUGUAAAUACGCUCAUCCUGAUUCAAGUGCAAUGGGUCAUUUGCGUCGUGGAUUAUCACCUGUGCUUCACAGUUCUACUCUUGUGGAAAAUGGCGCAAUUCCGACAGAAACACUUUUAUAUCCAGAUGUUAUACCAGUAUGCAAGGACUUCUUGAAGAAUGCUUGUAAGCGUGACAGCUGUAGAUAUUUUCAUCUUAUUCCACAAUCUGAGGUUUAUUUGCAGCAGAAUGGAACAUUAAUUAAGCUUUCUCGUUCUCCUCCUCCACCUGAGACAGAACAAAAAACGGUAUCAGUUUGCAGGGAUUUUUUAAAAAAUGCUUGUCAACGGGAUUCCUGUAAAUAUGCCCAUCCAAAUUCACAAACAAAGGUCGUUGACAAUCAAGUUGAGAUAUGUCGUGAUUUUCAUCGUGGAAUUUGUCAUCGUGACGUUUGCCGUUUUUAUCACCCCAAUAUUCGCUGUGCUGAGAAAUAGAGCUCUAGAGCAGUAUCAAAAUGCAGCCACUAUUUUAUUAGGUGAGUUAAUUCUUCUUGGCUUACUGAGGCAUUGAUGUCCACUUUGUGUUUGUGGUGAUUCCAAUCAUCACAAGGUGCAGAUGCUCAUCCCGCCCAUUCAGUUUAGAUGACUGGGAAUAGUUUUACAUGCUUUUUGUUUUAAUAUAUUACUGAUUUUGAAGAAGAAGUCAAUACCAACCAUUCAAAUUGAAUUAGUAGGGUUUUGGUUACUCUCUGUAUGGUCAUUGAAGAUAUCUAAACCUGUAAAAAGCCUAUUUAUUUAUUUUUAUUUUUAUUUUUUGUGCA